AUGCCUUUUGCUUCGUUUAAGAAUAUCCAAAAGCGUAAUGCACGUUUACAUAAGGAGAGGUCUCAGCCGGCUGCAAGAGCCAAGUAUGGAACUCUUCCGAAAAAGAAGGAUUUCAUUCUUCGAUCACGCGAUGAAGAGGCAAAGCGGAAUCGCAUACGCGAAUUAAAGAGAAAAGCACUGACAAAAAAUGAAGAUGAAUUUUACUUUGCUAUGCAUAACGCUGCCUUUUCCGAAGAAAAAGGUCACAUACCACUGAACAAUACGAAGGAAUACAGCGACUCAGAACUGGCAGAUAUGCUUUCUCGAGAUAUUCGCUAUCUUCGGCGAGAAUUCACGAUUGAAAUGUCGAAGAUUCAAGAUCUUGAGUCACGUUUCAACCUUCUCACUGCUGAUCCUUCCGUAACUAGCAAGCGUCUCAAGCCAAAGCGAACUGUUUUUGUGGAAUCGGUUGAGGAGGCUCGUGCUGUACGAGCUUCCUUUGACCCUUCAGUUGUUCCAACUCAAAUUUCUUCUAGUAUAUCUGCUUCGGAUGCAGAUGCGUUGAUGGACCUACAAGCUGCUGGCUAUAAAGAACUCUUAGAGCGCUUGACUCGAGCAGAAAAGCUAAAACUUGCCAUUGCUAGGCGCGAAGCCAAGGACAUCUUGAUGAGAAAUGCUGACUCUAAAUUCAAGGUCGUUCGGAAGGGUAAUGCUAAUCGCGCCCCCGUGUACAAGUUUGAGCCAAAACGGUAUAAAUAA